AUGACAGACAAAAAAGGCGCCUACGAUACCACAGCCUCCGAUACCGACUUCCGCAAAAAGUUCGACAGAGCCGAAUACGCGCAAAAAGCCGCCGCGCGCGAAGCCCUCGAGAAAGAAGAAUCCAAAGCCCGCUACGAAGCCAAGCUCGCAGGCAAAAAAUACUACAAGCCCGCUUCGGGAAAUGAAGUGCUGACCGAGGCCCGCAACUCGCGUCUAGAUGUCUCUGCCAAUGUCGGCAAGAUCGUGCUCAUGCCCGCGGGGGCGGCGACGGGCAAGAGGGGACGGGGCGCGGGGUUCUAUUGCAAGGAUUGUGAUUUGACGUUUAAGGAUAAUCUGCAGUGGGUAGAACAUGUUAAUAGCAAGCAGCAUUUGCUGGCUAUUGGGGAGAGUGGGGAGGUUAAGAAGGCGAGUGCUGAGGAGGUGCAUGAGAGGAUCCGGAUGGUGUGGGAGAGGUUGAUGGAUGAGAAGAUGGAGAAUGUUAAGAGUUUGGGGGAGAGGUUGGAGAUUAGCAAGGCGGUUGAGGAGAAGGAGAGGGAGGAGAGGAGGGUGAAGAGGAGGGAGGCGGCGGAGAAGAAGAGAGUGAUUAAGGAGGAGGAGGUUCUGGUUAAGAAGGAGUAUGGGGAUGAUGUUAGGGUGGAAGGAGAGCAUGAUGAGGAUGAUAUGAUGGCUAGUAUGGGGAUUGUUGGGUUUGGGACGUCGAAGAAAUGA